AUGGCGCUGAAAGUGGCUGAACUGCUUGAUGAAAAAUGCAAAGUGCUAGAGACAUUCAGUGAGGUUAAACGGAAGUUUGACAAACUAGAGUCCACACUGCAGAACAAUGGCAUGUCUGCACAAGCUGCAGAAAAAGACAAUUUAGAGGUGGCAUCACAGAAGCUCGAACAAUCAAAUGCACAGAUGAAAAAUGAAAUCGAGAGGCUGCAAGAAGAGCUAUCCCAACAAAACAAAGCAAGAAAACAGCAAGAGGAUCAGCUUGCUGAACUCGAGCAGAUUUUAAGAAAUUUAGAAGAGGAAGCUAAAGAACGAAAGUCCCAGUUAGAACAGGACAACACAACGCUGAAGAUCCAUGAGAUCAACACCGAGCGACUGCAGAAGAACCUGCAGGCGGCCAAAGAAGAGCACGCAAUACUGCUCGAGAGUAAAGCACAGCUGGUGCAGGAGGCAGAGGACUGGGGUGAACGUCUCGGUGAGCUGGAGGAGGAGAUGAAAAUGUGUGAAAGAUCACAUACUAGCAUGCUGGAGGACUGCGCUAAUAAAGAUGAUCGCAUCAAGUCACUGACGGAGCACCUUUUGAAGAUGCGAGAUUGGGAUUCUGAGGACGAGAGCUGCGUUGACGGUAGCACUAAUACAGCUGGAGCUGAGAAUGGAGACAGUUCGGAUUUCCAUCAGAAGCAAAAAGUACAGAAACUUAUUGAAGCGGCCAAGAUGAGUGCAGACUUGAAGUCCAUGGAGGAGGACAAGAACAGAGUAUUCGCUACACUCGCAGAUGAAAUUAAAGCCAAAGAAGAUCUCCAAGAGGGGAUCAAACAGCUUGAGGAGCAGAAGGAGGUGUUGGAAUCAGAAAGUGCCAACUAUGCUAGUGAAAGCCAGAAACUCCAGCAGAAACUCCAGAUCAUGACUGAGAUGUACCAGGAGAAUGAACUCAAACUACACAGGAUGUUGACAGUGGAGGAGAAGGAGCGCUUGCAGAAGGAGGAGAAGCUCAACAAGGCAGGCAAGAAGAUCAGUCUUGCUGCAGAGGAGCUCAACACUUAUAGACAACGAGCCAAAGACCUCGAGGAAGAACUGGAGAGGACUUCACAGGCCUACAAGAAUCAGUUUGCUUCUCAUGAGAAAAAGGCUCAUGAUAACUGGCUAGCCGCAAGGGCAGCAGAUCGAGACCUGGCUGAUGUCAAGAGAGAAAACGCUCAUCUCCGCCAGAGGCUGACUGAUGCCCAAUUCAAGUUUGAGAUACUUGAAAAGGAUUUACGAGAGGGCAGACCUUUAUUUAGAGGUGAAAGAUCUCCAUUUGGACCCUCUCCUCUUAGCCGACCAUCCUCAGAAACACGGGCCUUCCUGUCCCCUCCGACACUAAUGGACGGACCCCUUCGACUCUCACCUCAGUUUAUGGGUCCAGGAAGAGCAUCCCGUGGCGUGGUAGAGCCCCCUAGUGGUGGGCCAGACUUUGAGCGGAGUGGCCCUCACUCUGAUAGUGGCUCACUGUCUCCCUCCUGGGACAGGGAACGCAGGGGCCCUCCCCCACCUCCAGGGCACCCUCUCCCAGACCCGGGUAUGCCCUUUAGGAGGCCUCCUCCAGGUCUGUAUCAUAUGGGUCCGCUGCCUCCUAGACCUCCACUUCCUUCUGAGACAUACUUUGGUGAUAAAUCAGAUUCAUCAUUUCUAAGAAACAGUUCAUCCAUUAGUGAGAAUGAGAACAGAGACGGUCCUCACUCAAUGCCUGGUGACAUGAGAUUGCCCCCUGAUCCAGAUUUAAGAAUGGGACCUCCUCUUGGCCCCCCAUUAAUGGGAAUGCCCCCACUGAUGGACCCUAGGGGCCCACACUUCCCACCCAGGGGCCCUUAUGGACCUCCGGAGUUCUUUCCCCCUCGUGGACCUGGUGGUCCCCCCAUGGGCAUGCGAGGGCCAUUUCCCCCGGGAAUGUUUCCCAGAGCUCCAAUGCCGCUCCCUCAACAUAUGGGUUAUCUGCCACCAAGACCUCCGUCUGACAGCUUCUCCCCCAGACCGCCACCCAGACCCUCCCCACCGGGCAGCGAGCAGCCCCCCGACCAGUCGCCCUCUCCACAUGAUGUCAUCUGAUCUCUCACGCUCUUUUCCUCAGCUGCGAACUGUUUCCGACUUCCUGUUGUUGUGCUCAGGGGGUGUUUCCUUUGAUAUGUAACCACAGUAGCCUUGUGGUUACCUCUUACUUCCGUCUUAGCUGACAGCACAAGCAUGGCAAAGGGUGCAGCACAUGCCACUGGUUAUAAUAUUAUAAGGAGAAAGUUGAUUUCAGGUACAGUGUAAAUGUGCAGCCUUUGUGAACCUGUAGGUAAAUUGGAAAAAGUCAAUUAGACUGCCUUUUAACAAGACUAUAGGUGCUCAGGUUUGUGAUGUUCUUAUCCUUUUUUUCUUAAUUGAAGGUAGAUGAUAAAAGGUCCUCAUAUUUGUCAAACUGUGUAUAUAGAAAGUCGAAGUAUAUAUUGUGAAUAGGAUGCUGUUGAAACGAGACUUUAGUAACUUGACAAAUCCAACAACUCAGUCAAAGAGAACAGUCCAUGUAGCGAAUAUAUUUAUAAUUUCUUCUAAUAACAACUCAUGCCUUAAAAUA